AUGGGAUCGCGGCUGCGAAAGAAAUCAGAGAGUAUACGGCAGGAGAUUAUCAACGGAUAUUUUGCAAGUAUCGAGGACGGAGAGAAGAAAGCAAAGGAUCCGGCUGAGAGGCCGAUUAUUAUUGGGUUUUUCCAUCCGUAUUGCAACGCAGGAGGUGGCGGCGAACGCGUCCUCUGGACCGCCGUCAGCGCGACGCAACGCGAGCACCCCAACGCGAUCUGCGCAAUCUACACCGGCGACGUAGACGUGACGAAGGACGAGAUCAUGGAGAAAGUCUUGCAGCGGUUCGAGAUCGAGCUCGAGACCAGCCGCGUGGUUGUCGUGUUUUUGAAUAAGCGCAUACUGGUGGAUCCCAGUCGGUGGCCGAGGUUUACGUUGCUUGGACAGGCUUUGGGGUCGAUUCCGCUGGUGUAUGAGGCGAUUUCGAAGCUGGUGCCGGAUGUUUUUGUUGAUACAAUGGGCUACGCAUUCACCUACCCCGUCGUUUCAAUGCUGCUAGACAUCCCCGUCGGAGCAUACGUGCACUACCCAAUGAUCUCCACCGACAUGUUUGACCAGCUCUCUCUCGUCCGGCAAUUUCCCAAAUACGUGUACUGGCGAUUCUUUGCGCUCGCGUACGCGUUCGCGGGAAUGUUUGCCGACAUCGUGAUGGCGAACGGCACAUGGACGUACAACCACAUCAGACGCGUGUGGUGGCUGAACAAUCUCGCGCGGGUGAUUGCCGACCGCUCAAAAAAGCUCGAUUUCAUGAUCCUGUACCCGCCAUGUGCGACGAAGGAGCUGCAGGCUUUUCCGGUCGACACGGUACGGCAGCCGAUCGUGCUCUCGAUCGCGCAGUUUAGACCGGAGAAAAGGCACGAGUUGAUGCUCGAGCAGUUUGCGCGGUACGUCGAGCGCGUCGGGGGCGAGACGGAGGCGACGCUCGUGCUGAUUGGGUCGGUGCGCGACAGCCGCGACAAGAAACAUGUGUAUGACCUGCGGAUCCUGGCGCGCGAGCUGGGGGUCACGGAUCGGGUGGAGUUUAUUCUCGAAGCGACGUGGGACGAGAUCAAGCGGUACCUCGGGACGGCGUCGGUGGGUGUGAACGCGAUGUGGAACGAGCAUUUCGGGAUCGGCGUGGUGGAGUAUAUGGCUGCGGGACUGAUUCCGGUGGUGCAUAAUAGCGGCGGGCCGAAGCUUGAUAUCGCGGUCGAGGUCGAUGGCAAGCCGACGGGGUUUCAUUUCGUGACUGAGAAGGAGAAGAAUGAACGGAAAGCGGCGGAUGAUGGAGAGGAGAGGGAGGAGAUGAGCAAGAUGCUGUACCGUGCUCUGUCGCUGUCUGCGGACGAGGCGGUCAAGUACCGGCAGCGGGCGCAAAAGGCAGCGGACAGGUUUUCGGUAGAGAACUUUGAAAGUAAAUGGCUUGAGCGGUUGCGGCUGUUGUUGAUGCUGGAGCAGUACCGGCAUAUGGACCGCAUCUCGCGAGGGUUUAUUUCAUGA